GGGCGGCGGAGCCACCGGGCGCCUGAGAGCCGCGGCCCUGGCGUGCAGUCCGCCGGGCGUGCGGGCGAGCCGGCAGCAUGGGGGAGCGUCCCGCUCGGCCCGAGCCCUAGCGGCGGCCGCGGCGGCCCGGCGCUAAGGCGAGAGGCGGCCGCCUGGCGGAGGGGGCCCGGGGCCAGCCCGGCUUCCAGAGCAUGCCGUGAUGGCUGCGGAGAAGACAUUGCAGGAAUACGGGGUGCUUUGCAUUCAAGAAUACAGGAAAAGCAGCAAAGUGGAGUCAAGUGCACGGAACAGCUUCAUGGGCCUGAAGGAUCACCUGGGGCAUGAUCUUGGCCAUCUUUAUAUGGAGAGCACUGACUCACAGAUGAGUGCAGCUGUGCCUUGGCCUAUGGUAGAGAAACCAACAAUGGAUACAGUCAAUUCGGGGAAGGAAGGAAAAGGGGCGUCAGAAGAGAAUGUGAGCUCCGGUGACUCUGAGGGAAGCACGAGUUCUGAUCAUGAGUCAGAACAACUGAGUAGCCUUUCAGUACAGCCAUGCUUAUUAACCAAGACUCACAGACAGCUAUGUCGCUCUCCCUGCUUAGAGCCUCACAUACUGAAACACAGUGACAUUUUGCAAGACUUUAAACCAGAAGAGUCCCAGACUCCAUCUAAGGAAGUGAAGAAACCCCCUGAUGUGGUUCGAGAAUACCAAACAAAACUGGAGUUUGCACUUAAGUUAGGUUAUUCUGAAGAACAGGUCCAGCUUGUGCUAAACAAACUUGGUACUGAUGCUUUAAUCAAUGAUAUACUGGGAGAACUUGUCAAACUUGGAAAUAAAAGUGAAGCCGACCAAACAGUUAGUACUAUUAACAGCGUAAUGCGAGAAACCUCAUCCCUGGAAUCUCAGAGGUCUGAAUCUCCAAUGCAAGAGGUUGUAGUAGAUGACGGUGAGAAUCUGAGACCAGUAGUUAUUGAUGGCAGCAAUGUGGCAAUGAGCCAUGGAAACAAAGAAGUAUUCUCAUGCCGAGGAAUAAAAUUGGCAGUGGAUUGGUUUUUGGAAAGAGGCCACAAAGAUAUCACGGUCUUUGUUCCUGCUUGGAGAAAAGAACAGUCCCGCCCUGACGCCCUCAUCACAGAUCAGGAAAUUUUACGUAAACUAGAGAAGGAAAAAAUCCUGGUAUUCACACCAUCACGGCGUGUCCAGGGCAGGCGAGUGGUGUGCUAUGACGACAGAUUCAUCGUGAAGCUGGCUUUUGAGUCCGAUGGUAUAAUUGUGUCCAAUGAUAACUACAGAGAUUUGGCAAAUGAGAAACCAGAAUGGAAGAAGUUCAUAGAUGAGCGGUUAUUGAUGUAUUCCUUUGUCAAUGACAAGUUCAUGCCCCCAGAUGACCCUCUUGGCAGACAUGGCCCAAGUCUGGAUAAUUUUCUGAGGAAGAAACCCAUUGUUCCUGAGCACAAAAAGCAGCCUUGUCCCUAUGGAAAGAAGUGUACGUACGGACACAAGUGCAAAUACUACCACCCAGAAAGGGGCAGUCAGCCUCAGCGGUCAGUGGCUGAUGAACUUCGUGCCAUGUCUAGAAACACAGCAGCCAAAACUACAAAUGAAGGGGGACUGGUGAAAAGCAACAGUGUUCCUUGCAGCACCAAGGGAGACAGCACUUCGGAUGUUAAACGCGGUGCUCCAAAGAGGCAGUCAGACCCAAGCAUAAGGACUCACGUCUACCAAGACAUAGAGGAGAAGCUUCCCACCAAAAACAAGUUGGAAACCAGGUCUGUACCUUCCUUAGUUAGUAUCCCGGCCACUUCUACUGCAAAACCCCAAAGCACUACACCUUUAAGCAAUGGCCUUCCAUCUGGAGUUCAUUUCCCACCUCAGGAUCAAAGACCACAGGGACAAUACCCUCCAAUGAUGAUGGCAACCAAAAAUCAUGGGACGCCAAUGCCUUAUGAACAGUAUCCAAAAUGUGACUCCCCUGUUGACGUUGGAUAUUAUUCCAUGUUGAAUGCAUAUUCUAAUCUGAGUAUCUCAGGCCCCCGAAGUCCUGAAAGGCGUUUCUCAUUAGACACUGAUUAUAGGGUAAACUCAGUAGCUUCAGACUGCAGCAGUGAGGGGAGCAUGAGUUGUGGGAGCAGCGACUCCUAUGUGGGGUACAAUGACCGCUCCUAUGUCAGCUCUCCUGACCCACAGCUGGAAGAGAGUCUCAAGUGUCAGCACAUGCACCCCCACAGCCGCCUUAAUUCCCAGCCCUUCCUGCAGACUUUCCACGAUCCCUUAACCAGAGUUCAGAGUUACAGUCACGAAGAACCAAAGUUCCAUCACAAGCGUCCUCUUCCACACUUGGCUAUGCAUCUGCAGCACCCUGCCGUGGGUGCCCGCUCCAGCUGUCCUGGCGAUUACCCCUCUCCACCAAGUUCCGCACAUUCGAAGGCACCACACCUAGGGAGGUCCUUAGUGGCCACAAGGAUAGACAGCAUUUCUGAUUCCCGACUCUAUGAUAGUUCUCCUUCAAGACAAAGAAAGCCUUAUUCUCGCCAGGAAGGCCUAGGAAGCUGGGGUAGGCCAAGCUAUGGGCUGGAAGCAUAUGGCUAUCGGCAGACGUACUCCUUACCCGAUAAUUCCACGCCCCCAUGCUAUGAGUCGAUCACCUUCCAGAGCCUGCCUGAGCAACAGGAACCCACCUGGAGAAUCCCCUACUGUGGAAUACCACACGAUCCUCCAAGGUACCAGGACAACCGAGAGAAGAUUUUUAUCAAUUUGUGUAACAUCUUCCCCCCUGACCUUGUGAGGCUCGUCAUGAAAAGGAAUCCUCAUAUGACGGAUGCCCAGCAGCUCGCCGCAGCCAUCCUAGUGGAGAAAUCGCAGCUGGGUUACUGAAAGCAUGAUGCAUCUUUGUGGUGUUGAGUAGUUUUUUGUUCAGCUCAGUUGCUGAGGGAGGUUUGCUACAAUAGCACAUGUGAUCUCCUUCUCGGCAGGGAGGUUAUAUAGUAUCCAUUUAUGUGAAAUACUGUAUCAUGGAAUUGUACGGAACCCCACUGGGUGGACUUAUCACAGGAUUGCUUUACAUUCAAACUUUUUUUUUUUUUUUUUAACAUUUCCUUUUUAAAGCUAUAUACACUUGGCUGGAAAUUUCUCCAGUUUGAUUUAAUAGAUGUAUCUGUGAUCUUUGAUAUUCCUCUUUGGUGCAUCAGGGGUUUAUAUGCAGCACUUUUUAUCCUUGUUUCCUGUCUUAUUACCUUGGUGUUUGUCUGUCAACUGCAAGCGAUUGCAGUACCUUCCGAAUGUGGAGGUCCUGGGCUAGACCUAGCAAACUAUGUCCUCAAGCCACGCGUAGCUAGAAUCUUUACAGCUUCUUAAGUUAUUUUUAUUUGGGGAAAGUGGGCUUCUUUGUGCUAUAAUCAUUAUUUAUAGGAACAAAGAUAUACUACAGCACUGACUUUAUAUUUUUAAAAAAUGUAAGCUUCCAGUUAUGUUAAAAUGGAAAUAGUACAUAUUAGAGUGAUUCCCGGUAUGGCACUUUUUAUUAUUUUAUUUUUGUUUGGAUGUUUCCUGUUAAGAAAAUUAGUUAUUUUAAAUGGUCAGUUUAAAAGAAAGCAGAUGCAAUCAAUCGAAAAAAAAUGUUUCCAUUUUCUUUUUUAUGAAUAAGGCAAAAGCUGUAACUAUUACAGGUUAGGGCUUUGCUUUCUAGCUAAAAUGUGCUUUUUGACAGUAGAAGUGGGAUUGAAGUCCUUGAUUUCCAUUAACAUGUAUUUUUAAUCUCUGUCUUUUUGUGGGAGGCACAGUACUGGAUGGAUAACCCUUUCUCAGUACUUGCCUGUUUUUAAUGAAUCCAAGUAUUCUCAAUGCAACUUUUCUAUUUCUAAUACACUCUAGCUUCCUGCUGUUUAUUGAGGCUGGCCUGAGGUGGUCUGAUGUGUUGAGGAUAUGCUACAUUUACUGAUACUGCACUAUAGAAAUGGCAAUGGAGGACUUGUAAAUGGUAACUUAAAGUUUUUGUAAGAUAUUGUAUAUUUUCCAUUUUCCUGAAGGUAGUUUUUGGGGGAGCCUGCUAUAUUAUUAAGGCCAGACUCUUGCCACAAAUAGUGUAGUUUUAAAUACAGACUAAAGUCUGUUCUAGUAUUAGUAAGGGAUAUUUCUGGUUGCAACAUCAUGGGUUUUGCUUGCUGUAGCGACCUUUCUGAGCAUCGGAGAUGGAUCUAUGGCAGACAGUGCAGACAGUGCUGUGAUGGACAGAGGCUGCCUCUGAUAUUACUUGUUGCAGCGACAAGUCCAACUCUGCUCCUGUAGUCAGCCUGGAUGCGUGGUCUAGAUGCUCCUGCAGUCUGAGAGAGGCAAAGCCCUGGAAACCAGAAAGUACCUUUUACUGUUGAUACAAAUUGUAUCUUUUUAACAAUAAGAACUAUUUUGAUUUGUAGAUCUAGUUAAAAACACAAAUGUGUAACUAUAAUUAGACUUUUGGGCAACAUUUUAUCCCUUAUUUAAAUAAAAAAAAAAUUUAAAGGAAAUUUGAAGUCUAGAAUAGGAUAGAAAAUAAAAGUAACAAUUAAGGUAAAUAAAGGUGUCUGUCUUAGUUUUAUAUAUUAAAAUAUAUUAAAUAAAUUUAUUGGCAUUUUCUUUUUCCUAAAACUUACCUAGUGUGAACUUAACUUAAAAUAAAGGUAAAAUGCUGCCUGAAAAUAAUGUCCAAGCAUCUUCGACUAGGAUAACAUUUUCACUACUUGUGUGACACUGUGUGUUGCAUGGAGUAGGAUUUGGGUACACAGUAAAUGCUUCUAAACGGCAUUGUGCAUAUUAGCAUAUCCAAUAAUCUGAACCAUGUUCAGCAAACUUAAUUCAGGAAAGUGAUGUUCUACAGUUACUGCUAUUGUGUUUGAGUGAGCUUGGCACACAUCUGUUCCCGGAGCGCUGCAGGUGGUGCCACCCCAGCCCUCCCGAGUGCUGUGUCUGAGAGUGACGCAGCCGACCUGUGAAACUGUCCUUGAUUCUCUCAGUCAUGAUCUGAAGGACAAGUUGAAAUGUGGAGGCUAAGUGAAUGCCAAGAACAGGGUUGCAAAUGUGGGGUUCCUCUCACCCAGGCUACCCGGCCACAUUGUGAGGCCAGGCUAGGAAGUCAGUUAAUGAACAUGUCACUUUUGCUUCAUACUAGCACUGUGAUUGUUUGGAAAUGGGCACACUUGACUAAAAUGAUUUAAGUGAGACCUUAGGUAAAAAGGAUAUGACUUAAAAUUUGGUCUUCUUACAUUUUUAGCUGAAGUUGCCCUCUUUUUCAUCUUUACUAUAAUCUCUGCCAGUGUGUGUCAUGGAGUGGGUAGCUCUGACCCACCCACUCCUACAUUUCUCAGUGCCAUUGGCUGUGUGCUAAGAAAAGGUUUUCUUAUGACAAGAGGGCAGUCUGUCUGUCCCCUUUGAUGAAGCACCAAUGCUGCUUUCAGACCUUAAGAAUAAGGUGAUUGGCAGAUUUUAGCUACAUCAAUUUCUCCAAAAACAAAACAAAACAACAAAACCAAACCUCAGGUAAUAAGUAAAAGGAGUCCAUUAUCAAACUUGUAGCUGAUCAUAAACCUUAAUUUUAGCUAGAACAUUUCUUCCCAGUCUCUAAUUUCUAUUUAAGAGACUAGCUAAAAUAAAUAAAUAACCUGAGAUGGUGUGCUAAUGAAUAGUAAAAGUCAGAAUUGGUCAGCUAAUUAAAAAGGACUCAGACUGGAAUAUUCUGCCCCUGAAUAAUAGACAGUCAACUGUACUUUAUGCAGUAAUAGCAGUUUGUUGUCCCUGUGUCUUAGUCCAGAGGGAAUAGUACCUAACUGGCCAAAAUGGCCCUCAGAAUUUCCUCUUUUCUUGCAUGUAAUAUAGACAUUUCAGUCUUGUUAUCCUAAUGGGAGUUUGUCACUGACUUAAACAGUGAAAGUAAUGGUCGCCAGUAAAAUAUUUGACACUGGUGACAACUUGAAUUUUUGUUUUUAUGAAAAUACAUUUAUGAAAAUAUGUAAUUACCUAAAGAGGGUGUUUUAUAUAUACACGUUUGUUAUGAAGUAUUAAAAAAUAGGGGGUUGUCUUUCAAUGGAUAACAUUUUCCUGACUGAACGGUGUCUUUGAGUUGUGAAUGACCAAGUCUAGGGUCUAUUUGACCAAUGAUAAGAUUCAGAACCUCUUACAUGGAAAGAAACACUUGGUUUUAUUCUUGGUAUUUUUAAAAAUUAUUUUGAUAAUUUUAAUAGAAUGUGUAAUUUUUAAAUACACAAAAGUAGUAUUGAUUAUACAAAUGAUUAUUUAACAUGUCUUUUAUGGCUGUAUCUAUAUGUAUAUAGACAGUAAUAUAUUUAUAAAACAAUAUACUUUAUGUUGUAUCUUUUAGUUUGUAAUGAAUGUAAGUAUGACUGUGUAUGUGAGCGAGCACGCACAUGUGUGUACACGUGCACACACGUGUUGAUGUGUCUGUCUGCCUGUGUUUGAAUGCUGAAACCUCUUUCCCUGACCUGCUGGGAUUUACUCUAAAAUGUAUUUGGGUUUUGCUCCUUUUAAUACCCGUAUUCCUUAUUCGAGAUAAAAUAAGAGGUACAGUUUUCUAGUCUGUCUGUUGCCAGGUGGCUCUUCCACUGUAUUAAUCUCUAAUUCUUAGAGAAGGCCUGACAUCAAGCAGAUUAUGGCUGGAGAUAAUGACUAUGUUCCAAAUAUAUUAAAAGUGAACCCCACUGUGAUGUGAAAGUUUCAGGAUCCACACCAAUGAACAGAAUCAGCCUAGAAGAUCGAGUCAUCCACACACCAGAGUUGGAGGAGGCCUGGUACCUGUGACAAGGAAGACGCGUGUGUUCUAGAUGCUCUCUCUGUAGGAUCUGGUAGUCAAUAAUUCAGGCUUCUCUGAGAAUCAGAUAGUCUCUUUACUGUACACCUUUGCCUUUACAGCGUGACAGCCACAGGUAGCAUAGAGAUGAAAAUGUGACCCUUUAAAUAAAAUUUUAUUUACAGAAACAAGCAACAGGCCAGUUUUUACCUGUGGGCCAUUCCCCAGCCCUGUCCUUGAGGGAAGAAAGCCAGACAUCUUAAGCAGUAAAUUCUUGUGCAUGUUAAUAUAAUCACUAACUGUACCUCAGCAGCCAUCUAGAGGCAGUAUGAUGUCACUGGUGUCCUUCAGAAGAUGACUGUGCAACAGUCACAUCAAAGCAUUUGUUAAGUUCAUCACAUCCAUCAUUUGAGAUGUUACUUGUCUAGCCACCAAGAAAUCUAUAAAAGAAAGGUAUCAGUAUUGGGAAUUUUGCUUAAGUUCUUAUUUUUAAGUAGGACUCCUUUAUCUUUUGUUUCUUAGUGGCCUCGUGGGCCAAAAACCAGCGUUUUAAAAAAAAAAAAACAAAACUCAGCCACAUGUUUUUCAAAAUUGCAUUUGUCAGUUACAUUUUUCUGUUAGUUUUUUGUCUUCUGAUGCUUAACAGACUUACCCUUCUUUACAAGUGAGUUUAAAGAUUAACAUACCGUAACUUGAGUGUCAGAUUUCUCUGUAGUGUUUAAAACUGAUUAGAGCAAUGAGUGUAUUUGUUACAUUGUCACUCUUAAUAAGAAACAUGCAUCUUCUGUCUCUGUCUGAUGUUCACUAUGGAGUGUUUAGCUACCUUAGGGACUGCCAUGGGAGUGAUGUUCCCAUGAGCACCGGUGAGUCUGAAUUGAUUGAAGGUACACACCACUGAACAUGCUCAUUCACACUGCUUCAUUCAUGGUAUCUCAGCAAUAACACUAUCUUUACAGGAUUGUUAAAUAGCUACGAAAACUACCGCCUACUUAAGUAGUUACACCUUCUUUUAAAAUUGGAGUGCAGUCCUGGCUUUAUCAGUGUUGAUGUUUUGUCUGUUACACCCUCUCACCUCCUGCCUGUCACCCAUGUUCUGUCAACACUGUCAUAUUUAUACAUGGCUUUUCCCCUAGGAUCCUCAAUCCUUCAGACCUAAACACAAUUUCAGGUUUUGACCACUUGACAGUAGAAAAUGUCUAUGCAUGUUUUCAAUCCUUACAAACCUAUAAAGUUUCAUUUCUUAAUCCAUGUACUGAACUUUCUGUCCAGGUAUUUCAGGUGAACAACAAGAUGCUUCCCAAAAAAGCUUUUCCCACUUCUAUCUAAAGCAGCUCAUGUCUUUAAGAAAAAGAAGUGUGUGGUUGUUUUGUAAGGUAUAAACACAUACAUUGGUGUAUGUAUGUAUAUAUAUAUAUUUCCUCUGGGGUUUUUUUAAUUAUAAAUUUUCAACCUUCUGUGAAAUACUCACAAACGGUCAAAUACUGCAGACAGGGUAUACCCUCGCUGUCAGGUCUUCUAUUCCUCCCAACUGUAGCUGUAUGCCAGUAGAGAAUUUCCUUACUCAUCCUUCAAACUUUUCUUACAGGAAAAAUAAGGUAAUGAAUAUGUUUAGAUCAACCAUUUUAUAAACAUUCUGCUUAUCACUAUCUGUUCUGUAUGUUUCUGUAUAGAACUUUUAUAAUUCCAAAAACAGUGGAAAUAGCUAUAUGAUUUUGCCAUAGAGGGGGAAAUUCUAAGAUAUCCAUUUUUCUUGUGGUAGGUGGUUGUUACAUGAAAAAAUAGAUCUCAUAUGAUGGCAUAGAUGCUAAGUAAACAAAGCAUUUCCUUUUCUGUUCCCCUGGCUUUCUCAGAUGCUGUGAUUAAUGACAUUGGGCUACUCUGAAAGUUGUACACAUGUUCAGCAUUGAUGUAAAUGUUAGAGCCACAAUUAAUUCCUAUUAAACUGAAAUUAAAUGUCAAAAACUAGUCAUGA